GAGAGAGGGAGGGAGAGGGGCCCAGUGUAGGAGAGAGGGCUACAGGGUGAGGAAGAAGAAGGAGUAAGAAAAAGUUGGGAUAAGUAGGAGAGCGGUUGUCCAGGGAAGGAAAAGAGCUGUAGCAGAGAUUAACAACUGAAGGAGAGGAGAAGCAGCAGAAGGAGAAGGAGAAGGAAACGGAGAAGGAGAAGGAGAAGGAGAAGGAGAAGGAGAAGGAGAAGGAGAAGGAGAAGGAGAAGGAGAAGGAGAAGGGAAACAACAGACAGGAAGGAAGGGGAGGGAGAAGUCUUGGGUAGAGAGAAAGAAAAAAGGAAAAAAGAGCUGAAGAAAAAGUUUUCUUGUGGGAAGGCGCAGAUGAGGAAAACAGGGGGAGUGAAUGACUGGGCUGGAGAGAGCAGGGAGCGGAGGAAACCAGUUGUUUUUCUGACGCCUUUUCCACACAAUCCUCUGGACUCCUUUGGACAUGUACACAGAAAACGCACAGACAGCGGGACACCAUCGAUUUCUUCAGCACAAGGGCACCCCGGCCCCCUGCCCCUGCCAGCACUGUGUCCACCACGAGCAGCCGUACGGCCAUCACGGUGGGCCGGGAUACCAACCAGCAUCAGCCAGACAGCCGGACCACCCAUCUCCGGACUGCAGGAGAGACGUCCCGGCUCCUCGGGUUAAAGACGUAGGAGGCAGAGGUUUCUUGGUGGACAGGGGAGAGCGAAGCGGUCACCGCAGCCCACAGAGGAGGCCUGUGUUCGCCGGGCCCGGCCCGUGCACUCAUUCAGACGACUUGAGCCUAGUGUGCCCCUGGGAGUUGAACCCUGCCCAGUGGAGCUACGCACUGGAGUCUGGGGUGAGACACUACCCGCCUGUCAGAGAACAGUGUGGCUGUGUGGCGCAGGGUGACACCAGGGCGCACACCUUCAAGGCCGGGACGCCACACCCUCUUCCUCAUCUUCAGGUCAAAGGUCAAGGAUACAGACACAGGAGGACAGUCAGGUAUGUGUGCGUGGACGAGGGAGAGGAAGGAUGUGAACGCACCCAGGAGAGCCAUCACUGUUCCCCUCCGGGUCAUGUACCCGUGCCAAAUGGCCACUGUGGACCGAGGCCAGGGCUUUUCGAGGGAGGGCAGGAAAGAGAUAUCCAUCAGGACUGGGGCAAACACAGGGGUGGAUCAGAGGAAGGUUACAACGGACGCAGUGGCUCCCACAAAGGGUUCUUCCCCACUGAAGUCCCGCAAAAACACUUGAACCAAAGCAAACGGAAGGGGCCCUGCAUCCCUCUCUCUGGCAUCAGCAGUGCGGAAACCUCAAACCCAACACCCACCGUCGACCACCAGCACCGGGCUGCUGAGGUGGUGAAGCCAAAGAGCAGGGAGGACUCGGUGAGGGAUCAGAUCCGGCAAGUGGUGACAGAUCUGGAGGGUGUGUUGGGAGGUUUGAAGCAAGUUCACGUGGAGAUGAGAGAGGUGGUCCAGCAGAUUGAUCGUCUCACCGCCAGUAUUGACCUCAGCGAGGAGGCGCCCUGCAGCAUUCAGGGGCCGUCCAAUAACUCCGACAGCUCGGCUCAUGGCGGUGACACCAGGGCGGCGCCGCUGUCCAAUCACAAGCCGGCUGCAAUCCUGGCGUCGCCAAACGUCCACGAGGAGCGAAUCAUCUUAAGGACUAACUCUCCCUCCCCCGUCCACAUGGCAGCUGUGGUUAAAACCAGCCGCUUCACCAGACCCAGCCACAGUAAGGACGCCAACCACGAGAGGCCGCGGGUGAACGGCCACCCGCCUCACCUGCACCCCCAUACUCCCCCACAGCCCCACCCACAGACUCUGGACCCCAAGGUCGUCAUUGGGAACAGCACCUCCAGUUCAAAAACUCAGAAGCCUCCACCUUACCCGCAAAACGGGCGGUGCGGCAAGGGCCCGUACCCGCCUCCCAAACCGGCGAGGACCCCUGCCUACCUCGCGAAGGGCCGCCAGAGCACCAGCAUGGUGUGAAGGGGGUUGGGGGCUGGUGGUGGUCUGCCCCGGUGCCAAGGGGGGCUUGAAACAUGAGACCCUGCUGCAGCGAGUGGUCGGUCAGAAGGGACCAGGCAGGGGAACAACUCAUGGAGCUGAUGCCGCUGAGACGAGCUGUCAGCCGAUGGAAACAGAGCACGGCCUGAAGGUGGAGAUGUUUCCAAAGGGAAAACUCUCCCAGGAGUCGACCUGUGAGUGUGUGAGCGCAGCCGCACGGACGAGUGGCGCUGGAACCUCUCCGACGACUCGGGCUUUCACUUUGAACUGGAGACGUAGUGGAGAGUAAUAAAGAUAAACUGUGAACUGCUGCAACCGCCCAUAGAAACAUAAGGGUAUCUUUUCAUGCCAGUGUUAAUUUAUUUUUUACUAUUUUUGUUAAAUUGAAGAAAGAAACAUCUGUGGUCAGGCAGCUUACACCAGUCUGGAUGCUAGUGAUACUAAUGGAUGCUGUGUUAAGAUUCAUCUAAACUGUUAUACAGAUAUUUUACAGACUGUCUUUCCCGUGGUUGUCACAGGACCUAAGAGGAAAAACAGCGACAAGAGAAGAAAGCUGUAAAAGCAGAGCGGAGCUAAAACUGCAAUAUUAUAGAUUCCUCUGCACUUUUUCUCAUACAAAAUCAAUCUGACAUCUCAAUUAUCUAACUCCAGAGAUGUUGUGUUGACUGCUGGAUGUCCCACAUUUUAACGAGAAAUAAAGGAAAUGACGCCAGCGUUUUAUCACCCCUGA